UGUCGAUGUGGAUUAUUCUGGUCAACCCACGGUCAUGCUGAAGAAUGGACUCUACUGCAUAUAAAUCAGGUGACUGCACAAGUGGGGGGUUCUUCUCCAGCGCAUCAGGACGGCACAAAGCCGAGCAGCCCUCAGUCGCACACAGACUCAACUCGAAACAAGGACUUCGAUUGUCUUCUCGCAUGCAGAGACUGUCCUUUUUUGGGGGGAAUAUUCUAGACUUGUAUUAUUCAGCUUUACUUUUGAAAGUGUUGAAUUGUAGUUAGUUGUGUUUCGUGGUUUUUGAACACUUUUUUUGAAAUUCUGAAUUGAAGUCAGAAUGCUGGAUCCACUGGCUGAGUUGAGAAGAACCGGAGGCUUUAGGCAGUGUGGUGGCCGGUUGUCCUGGCAGGUGCGUUGGAUCUUGUACAGUGUGUGCGUACUGACGGUAAUAAACUGUGCCGGCCUGGUUCUGCUCCUGGUUCAGCAGAGAGAGCUGUGGGCUCAUCUGACUGAGGUGGAGAGGCAGAUGGUGGAGAUUUCUCAGAGCUCCGUGGUGGAGUUCAUGACACAGGUGAACGAAGAUGAGGCAGAGUAUCAAUACUCCAGAAACAAACGCAGCCGGCAGCAUCGAGGGACACGACCCUUUGAGGAGCAUGAGGGGAGUGUGGGAGAGGAAGUCUUGGGAGAUUUCCAGUAUCAGUAUCCGCAGACGCAUGGGCCGGUUUACCAGCACAAAACAGAAGAGCAGGAUGGAAUGAUGAUGAUGAUGACAUACUCCAUGGUGCCAGUUAAAAUUCUUCUGGACAUUUGCAACAGUACUAAAGGUGUCUGUCUGACCGGGCCACCAGGACCACCAGGAAUUCCAGGCUUGCCGGGUGUGGACGGAAUGCCGGGGUAUAACGGAACAGAUGGAAUUCCAGGGUUGCCAGGAGAGCCUGGAGCACAUGGAAAACGAGGAAAAAGAGGUCCUCCAGGUGAGAAGGGUGAGCCUGGUGAGAGAGGAGAGCAAGGAUAUCCUGGACCCCAAGGACCCCCUGGAGAACAGGGCGAACCUUCAAAUGAUGUCAUUGUAGAGGGUUCUUGUAACACGUGCUGUCAAUUCUCCAAUAUUCCCAGGUUUGACCUCCAGACGAAGAUCUUACUCACGCUGACAAUUGAAAACGCGUUCUAUCACAAUAAGUCCUACCUCCUUGAGAACUCAAAGACAUAUUUCAAAUUGGCAACAGAUGAGAACGGUAUGUGGAUAGUAUUUGCCUCCAACAUUGACGACAACAUAAUGGUGGCGCGACUGGAUGAGAAAUCGUUCUCCAUCACCACAUACAUCAACGCCACCUAUCCCAGGACCAAGGUCGGUAAUGCAUUUAUCGCCUGCGGGAUCCUCUACGUCACGGAUACUAAAGACACAAAAGUGACGUACGCCUUUGACCUCCUGAAAGAGAAGCCGGUUAGUGUCAGUUUAGAUCUGAGGGCACCUGGAGGGGUUCUGUCCAUGAUCUCAUACAAUCCCAGAGACAAACAUCUCUACAUAUGGGACAGCAGCUACGUCAAAUCAUACCAAGUCCAGUUCCUCUCAGAUGAAUAAUCAAAAAUGCAUGACAUAAUUGGCAUAUUUACAAGCAAAUAACCAAUGUUUCUGUUGUUACCCAUGUGUAGUACCCCAUAUAUAUAUUUUUUUUAUUUUCUUGAGUGGAUGAUAUAUCAAGCGCUAAAUUGUCUAUCUAGUGGUGUUCGCACUAAGUAUUUGGAUUUGGAUUGGAUUUAAGUACCCUUAAAUUUCAAUGUGUUACAUAUCAAAACAUAAAACCAAGUGUCAUCGAACAUCAAACAAACAGGGCUUUUAAUCAACUGGUGAUUUUUUUUGUAGUUUUAUUAAAUCAGUUCUCUUCAAGUUUACACAUUUUAAUCAUUUAAAAUGUGUGAACUUGAAGACAAGACACUAUAUUUUCAAUUCUGGCUAUUCAAUCGAUUAUCAAUUCUUUAAUCAUUUAAAGUCAGAAUUGAAAAUAGUGACUUGUCCAAUAUAAACUUGGAAAAAAAAAAAACGGUAUAAAUCCUGCACACUACUCAAACUUGCGCAAUUACAAAUUUUUACUAGUAAGGUUUCAAGCCUGAGAAGGGUCAAUUGAUUGGAACAAUGCUAAUAAAAUUUUGCAGAUACACGUUUGAGUUUAGUGCAGGAUUUCAGUUUAUCAUUUAAAGCCUAACAAACAUCUUUGUAAAAUGUUUAGGUUGAAAAUUAAAUUUGCGCUUACUUUCUUAAAAAUAAAUGCACUUGGUUUUAUUUUUUUCUCUAAUGUAAUGACAUUAAGGCAUUUUUAAAUCUGACUUAAGUGUCUAAAUGCAAUUUGGGGCUACCAUAUUUAUUUAUUUUUUUGGGCAUUUUUACUUUUAUAAGUUGCAUUUUCCUUUUUUGGCUAACAUGUAUUUUAAGUGAAUAUUUAUUAAUUCAUGCAGCAUGAACAGUUUUUGCGCAAAUUGUUCAUAAAACCAUUGUUAUUGUUUACAUAGAAAUGGUUUUACUAAGUUUACACAGCAAUUCAUUCUCUUCUUGUUUCAUGAAUGAGGCCAAAUGUGUGUAAAUAAAUAAAUGGAAUAUGUAUGUGCAUUACAUACGUAGUAAUUUCGUACACUAUUUAAUUUCACAGCAUCACUUCAGUAAGACUUUUCCAGGUAACGUCACUCAUAAACCCUACAUGAUAAGAUUAGUUAUGUAAGUAAAGGUGAAUUUUGAUUUUAAUGUUGACUUCAUGUUUAUAGAAAUGUAUUUGACUGCUAGUAUGUAUACGACACAAAAUAUAUUUGCCACAUAUUGUUUAAUUUAUAUUGCAUGCAUGUUUAUGUAGCCACAAAUGCUUGGAAAUCCUGAAAUAAACACUGAAACAUGUUAAUCUAAAGACACGUGGAGUUGAAACAGUAAAAUGAAAUGACUUAAUUCAAAUCAAAAUAAUUUAUUCAACUUACAAAGGUAAAACUUUGACCAUGACAGAACUACCUGUUCCUUCGGAAAUACCAACCAGUGUUUUUGGGGUUUGCAUUUUCACACACGCAGACAGAUCAGGCUGUUCAAUAAAUACACAUCAGACCAUGGUUUAACAUUUAAAAUACGUACAGUUGACAUGGUGCCCAGCAAAUCAGACAGAACCACAAAUAUGAUUUUAAUAAAUACCACAUACAUCAAACCAAAUAUACGACUAUUCCAGCAGUUAUGAUAAAAU